AUGCCUAAUCUUAAACAUUUUUAUUUUUAUCUUCUUGUACAAACAUCAUCAUGGCCAUUUACUAAUCAAUAUCUUGAUAGAUAUGUAUGGCAACAAAUAUUAGAAAAUCUUUCAUAUUUAUCAAACUUUGAAUUUCAUAUGACUGUUACAAAAAGAAAACCAAAAUUAGAUUUAGAUUUUGUUAUUAAUUCAUUUAAUUAUUUUGUUAAAAAAUAUUCUAAUUGGAAUAUGAUUAUUGAUAGUUGGUUAUAUGGUUCUCAUCUUCAAGAUGAACUUAUCAUAUUACGAACAAUGAAUUAUAUCAAAGGCAAAUUUACUGCAAAAAUAAAUAUUCCUUGUAUUCAUUUCAGAACAUUUGAAACACGAACAACAGAAAAAACAAUUGAUGAUCAUUAUUCAUUUUAUUCUGAUAUAACAAAGUUAACAUUAUAUAUACAAAAUAAAAAAUCAAAUGUUACUUGGUCUUGUCCUUUAUUUCAAAAUGUUACUUAUCUUCUUGUACAAAUGUCAAUAAUAAAAUCAUCAUGGUGGAACAAUUUAUUUAAUAUAGCUAAUUUUCGACAAACAACUAAUGAUAACAAUGCACAAGAAAAUCUUACUUAUCUAUCAAAUUUUGUUGAUUUAAAAAAUAUAACUACAUUAGAAUUUUUAUCAGCAUUUCAUAUUAAUCGAUGGAAACAUGUUGAGUUUAUUUUAAAAUCAUGUCCAAAUGUGAUUAUUCUUAUUAUUAAUACUUCAUUAUUACUCUAUUCAAAAAUAAUUGAUAAUUUAUCUCUUAUUCCAAUUUUCAAACAAAUUAAAGUGAUUAAAUCAAUUACUGAAGAUAUUUAUUUUCCUUCAAAUUUUAUAUUGAAAUUUGUGGAACGUUUUCCUUCACUUGUUCAUAUUGAACUACAAGUAUUUUCAUUUGAUAUUUGUUCAUUUAUUAUUGAAGUAUUUCUUACUAAAUUAGAACAAUUAUCCUAUGUCAAAAUUAAUUAUCAUCAAGAUGCAUUACUUGAUGAUUAUUUUACACGUGAAUAUAUUAUUAGAAAACGUCGUCAAAUAUUUCCCAUUAAUAUUAUUAAUCAACAAAUGAUUAAUGUCAAAAAUAAUGGUGAAAUUAUUGAAAUUUGGUUAUCGUAA